CAAACCACCCAUUAUCUUUGAGGCCUGGAACAUUUGCAUUUGUUCACUCAGAGUAGCUCAGAUCCAAGGCAAGAGAAAAAUCGGUGUUACAACCCUACAAUGGAGAUGAAAGCCUCUCAGCAGGGUGCUAGGAGGUGAUAGGUUCAGGGAAUUUACGCAAAUUUGCACAGGGUUAGUAAAUGUAGUAGUAGGGACUUACAGCAGGAAAAAAAGGCUCAGUAAUUCUAGUGCUAACACCCCGCUGAGAUUUUCACAGGCCUUCAGCUCCAUUGUUCUCCUGCUUUCAUUGCGCAAAACACCCUCCCCCAACCAGGAGAGAUUUGUGUAUGUGUAGGAGUGGCAUUGCUUGACUACAGCACAGUGCUGUGCAUAAAAGCAGACCGACCAGGAGGGAGAAUCAUUUCUUGUUCGCAUUUCUGAGAACGCACAUCAGGAUGGCCUCCGUAUCACUGCCACGCAGGAAGAACCUCUCCGCGCAACAGGCUUGGGCCUUGCUUCAGGAAAUGGACGAAGCAGAUUCUGAUGGAGGAGAGGUUUCAUUUGUCCAGCAGGCCACUGAUACCUCCUCAGAAGAAUCUGAAAAGGAGACGGAACAAGAACCCAACAUGCCUCCACGGAAGAGGCCCCGUGGUACUGGGAAGCCCUGUUUGAGCCAGGCGGCAAAAGACGGCACUGUGUGGGUAGAGGAGGACAUUGGAAUGCCCAGUGCAGGAGCUCGUGCUUCACUGCGCAAGCUGGACCCACAGAGUCUGCUAAGCGUAAAAUUACAAGUGUGCUCCAAAGCUUCCUUUGCCUGUUAGACGUGGGAAUGCUACACACCAUCAGAGAGUAUACGGUACAUCAAGCCCGCAGAACAGAGCCGGACUGGAAUUUGUCAGUUCAUGAACUGAUGGCAUUCAUUUCAAUCCUGUUUGUAAGAGCAAUCAUGUGUCCUGUUGGUGCCAUUGUGGAUUGCUGGUCAGAAAGAUUUCUGGUGCCAGUAAUCAAAGAGACAAUGCCCCGAGAUAGAUUCAUUUCAAUUAUGCAACACCUUCGAUUUGAUGACAAGGACACGCGGGCAGAACGGGUGAAAACAGACAAAUUUGCAGCAAUCUCCGACAUCUGGACACGCUUCAACGAGAACUGUGCUAAGAGUUUCACUCCAGGAGAACACAUGACCAUAGAUGAACAACUGUUCCCUACCAAGGUUCGUUGUCCAUUCACACAAUAUAUUGCAACCAAGCCAGACAAAUUUGGGAUCAAGUUCUGGAUGGCCACAGACUUGGACACCAAAUAUGUCUGCAGUGCAUCUCCUUACUUGGGAAAGGACCCCAAUCAUCGGAAGGGAGAGAGGCUGGCAGAGAACGUGGUCAUGAAACUGAUGGAGCCGUUUUUGGAUGAUCGGAGAAACGUCACAACGGACAAUUUCUUUACUUCACUGUCACUGUCGCACAGACUGCUGCAGCGCAAAACAACAUUACUGGGCACGGUGAAUAAAGUCCAGCGUGAACUUCCUCAACUUGCGCGGAUGUAUUCCGUAAGAGCAGCAACACGCAGGUGGCCAGUAGCAGUUUUCUACAAUAUGCUGGACCUGGCGGCGGGGAAUGCCUACAUUUUGUACAAGGCAUGUACAGGGUGGACAGGCAAAAGAAGAUUGUUUCUGAGUCUUCUAGCUCAGGAACUUCGUUGCCGAUUCAUGCAGCACAAGGAAAUAUUAGCACAGGCUGCUGAAGCUGCUGCAGCUGCUGUGCCAGGGACUGGAAAGACAACGCAGUGCCAGGUGCAAGAGAGCUGCAACAGGAAUCGCAGCAGGUUUACCUGUGCAACAUGUCAGAAAUUCACCUGUGCCAAAUGCAGGGAUGAUGAACACUGGGUCUGCAAACGCUGUAAAGUUUGAAACACUUUGAAAUUGUUUCUGAAGGUUGUAACACAGAGGUUUGGCCUGGCUUGGAUCUGAGCAACUCUGAGUGAGCAAAUGCAAACGGGCCAGGCCUCAAGGAUAAUGGGUGGUUUGCACAACAAAAGCUGGAGGAGGAAAGAGCUGACGACCUGUGAAAAUCUCAGCAGGGGUGAUUAACACCUCGGGACUUCCACCAGAAAAUAAAAAAGCCAGUAAUUCUAGUAGGUGUUGGGUUUAGGGAAGUUACGCAAAUUUGUGCAGGUUUAGUAAAUCUAGUGUUUUAACUAACUUACUUCCAGGUCUCAAUUUUGUGACUUUGUAUAGAAUUGGACUAAAUGUGAAUUCUGCAUCAUUGCAUAUUUAAACAUCAAUAUCAAUGAAAUGUAUUUCUAUAGCUUUUGUAUUAGAAACCAAAAUAUUUGAAUCCCAGUGCACAAAAAACUUCCUAUUGAGUUUAGAAAAAUGUAAAUAAUUAUAUUAAUAAAGAAGCAGAGUAUACUGAAAGGCUCCGUACUCAUAAGAUGUGUAGUAAACCGGAAGCCUUUUGUAUUUUAAUCAAUUAUAGUACCACUGGAUGUGUAUUAGCUCCUCUGGGUCAGUAAUAAUGAUCUGAAUCACCACACCAUAUGCAGACUAAGUCCACCAAUGUGGUUUCGUAAAUUUGUACUGGCUGACAGCUGCUUCAGGGCUUAGAAAAACUUCAAUGGAAGCAGAAAUGAAACCCAGCAGCAGUUCAGUGCCUCUUGUCUUAUAUAAAAUGACAGAUACUAUCAACUUGAAGCGUCACACAGAGUGUGUUUUCAUCAGCAUAGGCAAACCUGAGUGGGCGUGUGGCAAGCCUAUUGUCAAACACUUACAUCAGUGACUUUGAAUGAAUACGCCUGCCAAAAAAAGUAUUUAACUGUCUUUACUUAGCAGGGGUUUUACUCACCCUUUGUUCCAUUAAAAAUGCAUUUAACUGGGAAAACAUGAAACAGUGCGGCUCAAGAAAAACAUCUUUCAGGUCAUUUCAGAGCCAGACUAAAUAAUUCGUAAGAAUUCUGAGGCAACAGGGCAGCUAGCUUUGUCGUCUUUUAAAUCUUGGAUUUCCAUUCACAGUAAAACUUUGCUCAUACUGUCAAAAAAUGGCCUGCAACAAAUUUAAAAAUGUAUUAAUAUAUAAUAACUGUUCAGACUGUUCUGUCAGAAGAGGUUUAAUACAAGUCCUGCUCCAGAAACUUAGUACAUUUGUAUUUUCUUUUCAAUGUGAAACUUUUAAUAUUUUGAUAAUAAGUUGAAUGGUUAGAUACUAAUUGAGAGCAAAAAUGAACUUUCACUCUGACCCUCUAGUCUUCAGAGCUGUUUAAAAUUUUCAGGGAGAUGCCAGAAAGCUUCCUUUGUGCCAAGAUAACACCCCAGCACCACCAUCAGCAGCCCAAACUGUGGGUACAUAACCCUAUCAUGUGAAUGUGGCAACAGCUCUUGUUAAGAUUUGUAUUGUUUAUUGUCAUUUAUGCUUAGAAAUAUUUAACCAUAUAUGCUUAGAGGUGUAUAAUCGAUUGUGUAGUGAUAGGAUGUGUGAUCCUUAAUAGUCUACAAAGGCUUUGUGUGCAUUCCAGAAUGUUCUGGCAUUCACACCAACAUUCUGGGAGCAUGGGAGAGGUCAUACCUUGUCUUAUUGUUUUAUGGUAGGAUAAACGUAUCUAACGUAUCUAUAGAUACCUACUUUGUAGGUACUUUGUUCCUUGUUGUCUCUGGAAUUCUCUGGAGUCUCUGCCUUCCAAUUCUUAACCCUCGUUACCUUACGGUCCAUUUCCUGGACUAUUUGGAUACUUGUUUUGCCCCUUUGGUCAUGUGGAAUCAAUUCCUUAUGGGGCCGUUUUUCCUAGUGAGUUUGUUUUAUUAAGAAUAUAUUACAUUUUGGAGUCCUGCAUUAGAGUCAACACUUGUACCUUAUCGUGAUUUGGCUUCACCCAGCAGCAGUUCUAUAGUCACCAUGAAAACAUUUAUAGACUAACAUAAUAUUUUCAAUUUAAGCCAUGAGUGUAGUCCAAUCAAAUUCAUACAUUUACUAAUUUUGGGGGAUGUUUUAAUACAGAUUAUACAAAAAUCAUAAGCACAAUGUUCAUUUUGUUGAGCAAAAUUAAACAGCACUUCAAAUUAAGCGAACAAUCACUAUGUUACAACAGUUAUUAUGCUCAAGAUUGGCUGUGUGCCACUGAUGGCAGGGUAUUUUCAGAUGUCCUGUGGAUCAUUGAUGAGCUCAUAUGACUCAUAGAUGAGCAUCAAAACAAUAGUUUGCUGAUGAAGUGUUCAGAAACUGAGAUUCCCUUCUAGUUACACAACAAAAGCCCAAAACCUAUAAAAAGAAGUGUGUCCUCUGUCCUCUGCCUACCCCCAUUUUGCUUUGUUAUUUUGUGUUUUCCCCCUCCAGUGCUGGUAAGUAGGCCAUGUUAAUUUAAAAAUACAAUCUCUGAAUAAUAAUGGCUACAGAAUCAAUGAUCCCAUCUUCCCCCAAACUCACAGCAAGUAGCCUACCGUAAUGGCUAUACAUAGCUCAUAAUGAGAGCAGAUCGGGAUCUGAUUUGUUCCCUUAAAAUGUAAAUCUUUUCCUUUGGACCUGCAGUUGUGGAUUAGAUUACUUACACUGUACACAUUAGGCUGUAAUCUGGUGUUACUGCUGUGUGUUCUACACAAAGAUGUGUUCACCUCUCUGAGUAGAAUCUGUUGUCAAGGGGCACAAUCAUCUUCUCAGGAAAACCUUCUGGUUUCCACUUGAAAUCUGCUCAAUACUCAUAUUUGCAAAUUAAACAAUAAGUUCCCAGAAUCAAAUGCAGUUCAAUAGCCAGGCAAACUCAUAUUUUCAUAUACCUUCUUUCUUGAGACUUAUGCUGACAGGUGAAAAUUUAUCAAAGGAAACUGCCUCUUAAAACCUUUCUUAGCUAGCACAACAAAGCUAUCACACAUUAGCAUCUAACUUUACGGCAACAUCGGAACAAAUUACUGCACAUCCAUAAAUUAACAAUGUGAAAGUAAAUGUAGGUCACCUAACUGAGGUCAGAACCAAAACUAACAAAAAAAAAACAACAAAAAAAACAACUCACAUCUAUUGCUUUGCAGAGUGUGAGGCGAUUCCUUCACCAUGUAAUUCACUAGCUUGUUUACUGCUGGGGGUUCCCAGUCCUUCAAUGCACAGGGUAUCUCUCGCAGUUCAUCAAAAUAAAAAACAAGAAGAACACAUAAUCUAGUGUAAACAGUGGUUCCAGUAACAUUUGCUGUUGCAAAGGUUGUAUAAAAUCUAGUUGCCGCUAAAGGGCUGUUGUUUUAUUUAAAAAUCUCACUGAUGUAAAAUGUCAAUUUCAACCCAAUUCCAUUGAUCCAUAAGCGUCAAGCUAUAUAAAUAAAUAUAUAAAUUGUUAAUGUAUAAUGCCCAUCACAUCAUUAAUAUUAAGAUCUAAAGAUCGGGCACAUUUCUGAAUUUACCUGAGCAUAUCAGUGACACACUAAGACCCAGGCUACAAGCACAUAAAAGCACAGGUUGUUCCAGGUUACAGCCACAUCUGGAAGGGAAGAGAUUCCCCAUCCCUGUGGGGAAUAUGCGUAGACACUCAGGCAGCCACUGAUAAACAUCAAAGCAAAGCCUCUCUUUAAUGAUUCAUGCUUGUUCUGUGUGCUGUGGAUCAGCACCAGCGGGACCUUCAGUGUGUCCCAAAUCCCUGCAACACAAAACAAUUUUGUAACAUUUGGCUAAGCAUCAAUGCAGACAAAUCUGGAUGCAAAUACCACAUUUAUAAUGGUUAAAAAUUCAAAAGAGGAUCAGAAAUUAGUAUUAUUUGGAGUUCUGAGUGACUUGAAUGGGGGGAUUUAUACAAAUGGAAAGUUUAAAUGGUUCUGAAGUGUUACCAGGGUGCAGCACUUCUUUCUCAGAGAGCCAGAAGAAGUGCAUGAUUGCAUUAGCAUAUUACAUCUGGGCUUUCUGUGGGAAACUGAGGUCUCAAGGCGAGCAGACGUCUGUUUGUUUCUAAAUAAAGCAACUUGCCAAUGAACUCAUUCUGCAAGGUGCAGGAAAAAAAACUCAGAAUACAUGCCUGUUUGUUCUUUUUCACUUCAAAACCACACAAAGCCGGUGCCAUUUCAAAGAAGCUCUGUUAAAAUGAGGUUCUUGCAUCACCACAGCUCUGCGGGACUGAACUUCAAGCUGAAUUCAUCUCUUUUGUUCUAACUUGUUCUAACAUUUGCCUGGAAAUAUAUAGGAAGUUUGCUGCUCAAUAUUUCUCAAGUUCUCAUUGUAAGGCGAUUUAAGUUGAGAGUAAAACAUACAGAAGACGACACACUGUCUGAGCCUUUUGCACUGGGAAUGUCUCACCAAGCAGCUUCUGAAAAGUAACUGCAAAUAUUUUGGAAAAUCUCUUCCAAUUGUGUUAUAUUUUAUUAAAAUCUGAUGACGCAACGUGUUUAUUUUAUCAUUUGUCACUCCUAUUAUUUAUACAAUCGCCAGUAAUACUUUCUAAUUACAGAGACUGCCAAAGCCUUAUAACAUUGUAUGCACAACAGUAAAUUGUUUUACCUUUUACUCACUUUCACUUUCUGUGCAUGUUCUUUUUGUGUCAUUUUCAGUUUCAAAACAUCUUUCUGAAGUUGCUCUGCAAGAUACCAUGAGGUUAAAAGUACAUCAUCCAUUGUGGUCAUAAACUCCACGCAAAAACUGUAGCUGAAAAAUGACUAUUUAAUUCAUCUCAAUGCAAAUCAGUAUUUAUAUUGUGCCAAUUCACAACAAAAGUACCCUCAAGAUGUUUAAUAUAAAGAUAUUACAAUAGAGAAUCCCCAACAAUCAGGAGAUCUCUUUAAAAUAAAACAAAACACUUGGCCAAAGUAGGAAGAAAGAAGUUUUUAAAAGGUUUUAUUUGUUUGUGUGGAAAAAAAUGGACUCACAUUUAACCCAAGUACCAAACCCUUCUGCUGUGCUGUGGUGAAUGUUGCCUUGUGUUCAUUGUUUUCCGGUAAAAGUGACUUUAAAAGUUACCUGGCAGGCAGCUGGUGCGGCAGGCAGCCGGUGCAGCAGUCUGCAGCGUUGUGACAGUUCUUUGUCAUUUUAAUUGACUGUGAAUAAGAGAUAAGGUCCUAAUUGAAUUUGGCUGAUCAGCACAGACUGCUGUUCAAACACAACCUCGACACUAAACAAGAUGCAUGAAGGUAACAUCAGAUAUUUCUUCUUCGUUUUAUAAUGGCUCAUUCUGUCAAACCACAUCCAGUCCUGUAAUUACUAGAUUAUGAUGAUGGUUUUACCAUUGUUAUUGAUGCUAUAUACAUGAUUUUCCUUCAAAGAUAUACCAAGCAGUUUAUACAUUCUUAACUAAUUUCCACGACUAUAGAGGUUUUAGGGUCAUAGACACAAACCAUAAUAAAUACAUAAAUACCCAUAAAGCAAAUGAUUACAGUGUGGAGAAAAAUGAGUCACGAGUCAUGAAUUCAAGCUGUCAAGUAGCUUACUUAAUCUUUUUGCAUCCUGAAUAUUUAUGAAUCUGUCAAGUUCAACACCAAGAUAAAGAAUACCACUUCCUUGGAGAUUUAAAAGCUGUUUAGCACAUAGAUGAAUACUGAACCACGUUAAAUGCUGACAGCAAAGGUUCUAACCAUUUUUCUUUGAAACAGCCAAUUUAAUUAUUUUUCCUGUGAGAAACUGACACCUCCUUAACCUCCAGCUAGCUUUACUUCAUCUGUUAAGGUACAACCAGCUUACAUCUUUUUGUUCUCGUAAGGUUUGACCUAACUGCCGACAGAACGCCAUAGAAACAACACUGGUACCUUAAAAUUUAACUGUAUCAUAACAAAUUUCAAAAGGGGUCUCAAUUCAACUUCUGCCAAACUUCUUUAAAGUCACAUUUUAACCCAAAACAAGCUAUAUUGCUGUCCCCCCCCCAAAUCUAACCAAAUAACCAAUAUAAACUUCUUAUUGAGGCACUGGUUGAAAUAAAAUACAUGGGUGUGCAGGGCCUCAAAUUGAAGAUAGAAGCCAUUAGAAGCACCAAUAAUAUGGACCAUUUCUCUCUUUGUGGGAUGCAGCAGCUUGCAAAAUCUAAAGACAGUGUUAGAAUGUCGUUAAAUACCCAUGUGUGCUAGCUGUAGUAAAUCACUCUCUGGAGCUAGAAUUAAGCAUUUCUGUUAUUUUUUUAUCGUGUCAGUGCAUUGUGUUCUCUUUUAUGUUGUCUGAUUCAAUUAAAUGUCACU